UUUUUCCACAACUACACGCUUUGGACUUUUCGCAAGCACCUUGUAUUUCUACUUCUGGCACAUUCAACACCCUCUCCUCACACCAUUGCCGAUCAUGGCCUCUGAGUACACCUGCACGGCGUGCGGCUCCAACCUCAAUCUCAACUCCGCCCACGCCUUCCUCCCGGACUUCUACUUUGAGGCCGGAAACAAGGACACCGUCUCUUUCUCCACCGUAGACGAAGCCAAGUUCAAGUUCGAGAUGGAGGACAAGAUUCGCCCCUUCUUCGAAACCCUCAACUACUGGGGAAUUCAUAGGAAGAGAACCAAGAUCAAGUGCAACACCUGCUCCUCUCUCCUUGGCCAUAUCUACGACGACGGUCCACCGCUUACCAAUUCUCCCGGUCAGUUUCACAUGGGACCCAGCCAAGUCAUCCCCCGAGCACCAAGAUAUAGGUUUAAGACCAAAGCCAUCACAAUCUCUUCUACUUAAUUUCAAACUAUGUCCUUUGUUAUACAGACCACCGUAGCUUAUAGCUUCUGUAAUAUUGUACUCUUCUCUUUGAAUUUGUGUGUGUACAUUUUUGCUGUUACUAUAUGUAAUCUACGUUCUUGAUUGGCA